AUGUCCCUCGCGGGUGCGGGUGCGGCCGCGGCGCGCAAGCCCGCCGCGUGGCGGCGCCCGGGCGGCGGCCGCGUGGCGCGGAGGCGCGCCGCGGCCGCCGCCUCCCUGCUCCUCGCGCUCGUCUACGCCGCGGGGCUGCUCGUGUUCCUGCUCGGCGGGAGGCUCUCCGCCGGCUCCGAGGGCGGGGCCGCGGCGGCGGGAGGCCGAGGCCCGGGCCCGGCGGCGGUGACGGUGGCCUCCUCCCUCCGCCGCCGCCCCCGCCCAGGCCCCGCGGACGAGAAGCCACCUCAUGCUCAGCCAGGGUCGGUGUACCGCAGCCACCUCGUGUUCGAGCGCCUCUGGCCGGCCAUGCGCGACGACGCCACGCUCGCCGCGUCCGCCUCCUCCCUCUCCGCCUCGGCCUCGUGGCGCCGCAGCAUGUUAAUGACAUCACAUUACCAGAAUUCUGGGGAGCCAUGGAUGCCUUGUGUCAACAGUAGGCUGACUCGAUCAGAGUUGCCACCCUCAAAUGGUUAUCUCAUGAUCGAAGCAAAUGGCGGUCUAAAUCAACAACGGCUUUCUAUCUGUGAUGCUGUUGCUGUGGCCAGCUUGCUUAACGCAACUCUUGUGAUCCCAACAUUUCAUCUGAAUAGCGUCUGGCGUGAUCCUAGCAAAUUUGGUGAUAUAUUUGACGAAGAUCAUUUCAUUGAGACACUCAAAGAACAUGUAAGAGUUGUGAAGAAACUUCCUGAAGAUGUUUUGCUGCGCUUCAAUCAUAAUAUCAGCAGCAUACCAAAUAUGAGAACUAAAGCCUACUCAUCUCCAAACCACUAUGUGCAAAAUGUUCUUCCAAAACUGCUGGAGUUAGGGGUUGUGCGCCUAGCCCCAUUCUCAAACAGAUUAGCCCAGUCAGUUCCAUUGAACAUCCAGGCCUUGAGGUGUUUGGUAAACUACCAUGCAUUAAGAUUUGCUGAACCAAUAAGAAUUCUCUCAGAUGACUUAGUUGGUCGAAUGACAAAAAAGAGUUUGUUGACUGGUGGGAAGUAUGUCUCAGUGCAUCUUCGCUUCGAAGAGGAUAUGGUAGCCUUUUCAUGUUGUACAUAUGAUGGUGGCUGGAGGGAGAAAACUGAAAUGGACAAUGCUCGUGAAAGGAGCUGGAGAGGGAAGUUUCGUCGGCAUGGUCGAGUGAUAAACCCUGAGGCAAACAGAAGGGAUGGAAAGUGUCCUCUUACUCCUUUAGAGGUUGGCAUGAUGCUGCGGGGCAUGGGAUUCGACAAUACAACCUCCCUAUAUGUUGCUUCGGGUAAAAUAUACAACUCUGAAAAAUAUAUGGCUCCUCUUCGCCAGAUGUUCCCUCUUUUAAUGACGAAGGAUUCUCUUGCUUCGCCUGAAGAACUUGCUCAGUUCAAGGGGCACUCGUCUCAGCUAGCAGCGUUAGAUUACACUGUCUGCGUUCAGAGCGAAGUGUUUGUGACAACACAAGGGGGAAACUUCCCUCACUUUCUGAUGGGGCACAGGCGCUACCUGUUUGGGGGGAAUGCGAAGACAAUAAAACCAGACAAGCGGAAGCUGGUCUUAUCUUUUGAUGAUCCCAAUAUCAGAUGGGAUCAGUUCAAGCAGAACAUGCAGGAAAUACUGCAUCACAGCGACAUGAGGAGCAUUGCAUCCAGGAAACCAAACGAUUCUGUGUACACGUUCCCAAUGCCUGAAUGCAUGUGUCAGCAAGAUGGGAUGAUGCUGCUCUAG